GCGGGUCCCUCAGACCAAGGGUCCGAGUCUGCAGGCUCUCCCAGGCAACGGCGCUCCGUCAUUCGAGACCGAGGGCCGAUGUACGAUGACCCGUCGCUGCCUGAAGGCUGGACCCGGAAACUGAAGCAGAGAAAGUCUGGACGCUCUGCGGGGAAGUUUGAUGUCUACCUGAUCAACUCGGAGGGAAAGGCAUUUCGGUCAAAGGUGGAACUCAUUGCCUACUUUGAGAAGAUUGGUGACAAGCAGACCGAUCCCAAUGAUUUUGAUUUUACUGUCACGGGGCGCGGAAGCCCAUCCCGUCGUGAAAAGCGCCCUCAAAAACCAAAAGCGGUGAAACCAUCAGGACGAGGCCGAGGGCGGCCCAAAGGCAGUGGAAAAAUGCGUCAGGCCACUGAGGGUGUGGCCAUGAAGCGAGUUGUUGAGAAAACUCCAGGAAAACUGCUGGUUAAAAUGCCUUUUGGCAAGGCUGAGUCCUCCUCUGCAACCCCAUCAAAGGUGGUGUCUCCUACCGCAGUGCCCAAGUCCCGGCCAGGCAGAAAGAGAAAAUCAGAACAGGAACUUCCACCUCCACCCAAGGCUGCUCCCAAAAAACGAGGAAGGAAACCAGGAUCAACCUCUGCACCAUCAACAGUCACUGCUGCAUCCACGUCUUCAACCACAGCCUCUGGUAGCUCAACAGCUGGAAGCUACACCGCAGCUGCCAUUAUGGUGGCUGAAGCCAAACGGAGAGCGGCUAAGGAGUCUUCCAUUAAACCUGUUGUUCAGGAAACGGCUCUGCCAAAAAAGCGCAAAACAAGAGAAACUGUGGAAGAGAUGGAGAGUGUUCAAGCUCCACUGGUUACACCUGCUGAGCCUGGAAGCACCGGUGCAGCACAGGAAAAGGGAGGAAAGGCGGAGGGAGGUCCGAGCUCAGACCCAAAGCCUACAUCUACUUUAGGAAGCCAGUCAGAGAAGCAACCUUCUGCUUCAGACGAGAGCCAACCCCAUGGACACAAGUCACAUAAGUGCCAGAAGCACAAGGAAAAAAGAGAAUCUGGAGAUGAAGGAAGCAAAGGCAAGGAUGUUGGUGAAGAUGAAGGAGGGGGUGGAAAGAGUAGCAGCAGUAGUAGCAUCAUCCCUUCAAAAAGCCACAAAAGGAAGGAACGACAACCUCAUAAACACCAUCAUCACCACCACCAUCAUCAUCGCCACCAACAGUCCUCUGGCUCACCAUUAGAUCACCCAGCUCCUCCUCUGACACUUUCUGAGUCUCCUCCUAGCCAACCCAGGCCGGAAGCUGAUCCCCAGACUGUGCCUCAUCAAACCCCUGAAAAAAAGGUUCCCCCCAAACCACACCAAAAGUCUGUGCCUCAGCCCCCUCCUGAAUCUUUACAACCUGUUUCUCCACCACACCACCAACCCCAUUCCUGUCCUCAUACUUCAUUACCCAGUCCAUCACAAGCCCAUAUUCUGCAAGUAUCCCAGUCAUCCUCCACCAGACAUUUACUGCCUGAGACUCGGUCCCUACAGCCCCAAAUCCAAACCCUCGGUCACCCAUUGUCUACCAACCAGUCAGCCCAGUCACUCCACAGCCCAGCACCAAAGCCACCAUCAGAAUUAAACAAUCCCACCCUCAGACCUCAGUUCAGCCCCAACUCCAACCUCAGCCAAGAAUUCAAACACAAUCUCAGUCACAGUCCCAAACCAAGACACCACUCAAAAUUCAGCCUCAAUCACAGAGUCAACCACAGACUAGGACACCAACACAACUCCAGAGUCAACCACAGACUAGGACACCAACACAAGUCCAGAGUCAACCCCAGUCCAAGACACCAACACAAGUCCAGAGUCAACCCCAGUCCAAGACACCAACACAAGUCCAGAGUCAACCACAGACUAGGACACCAACACAAGUCCAGAGUCAACCACAGACCAAGACACCAACACAAGUCCAGAGUCACCCACAGACUAGGACACCAACACAAGUCCAGAGUCAACCACAGACUAGGACACCAACACAAGUCCAGAGUCAACCACAGACUAGGACACCAACACAAGUCCAGAGUCAACCCCAGUCCAAGACACCAACACAAGUCCAGAGUCAACCCCAGACCAAGACACCAACACAAGUCCAGAGUCAACCACAGACCAGGGGCCAGUUCAACUUCAGACCUACCCAAGAGAGCCAGUUCCCAAGAAGAGACGUCAGCAUGGAGGACAUCAGGAUGGAGGGAAGAGAGAGAGCUGCUCUCAGGAUCAGAUACCAGAGAAGCUUUAGGAGGUGAAAGAGGCUCAAACAGCACAUCAAGACCUUCCAGCUCUGUGCCACCUGGACCUCCUGGAGUAGCAGGGUCCAGUCUUGUGCCUGGAGCAGACGGUAGGGCUCGACUGAGGGUGGAGCCAGAGGCAGCAGGUGACAGCAAGGAGCUCAGAGACAUUGUCCCACAGUCCACCGUUCGUCCCAGCUGUGAGGAAACCGUAGAGUCACGAACUGCUGUCAGUGAAAGAGUCAGCUGAUUGGUUGGUCAGUGGAAGGCAAGCAGAUUGGUGACCUUAUAGACGAGUCAACCCCAGACGGAGGACUAUGGCCGUGCUGUUCAUGGAGCUGUAUGGACCUCACUCUGUUUUCAAACAGGAGCUGGAAGAACUGUCUCAGCUUCUACUGUUGAUUCUGUCUGGAGACUUUGUGAAGUUGUAGAAGGUACAGCUGGUUUGGCGCUGGGGAACGAAUAGAGUCUUUUUCUAGAACAAAACAAACGAAAAGGAAAAAGUGUGUGUGUAUAUAAUCUAAAGGCAGCUGUUGCAUCCUGUUAGUCUCCAUAUGGAGGUGGGGAGUAGUUUGGAACGAAAAACCGUCGCUAAACAACACAUUACUCUGAUAAAAUGUUGCUUCCGGAAUAUAAUCUGUUUUUUAUUUAGUAGUUGAUUGUUUGUCUUUGUUAUACAGCUUUAAGAAGUAAUAUUACCAACAGCCCUGACUCUAACAUGGCCCACGGUGACUGAGAGUCCUUUCCUCAAACCAGUCCUUGACUGAAGUCUGUCUACGAGGCAAUGUGGCGUUUGCACCUUAAAUUGGUUUCUUAAAAUGUCUCAUCUUUAUUUUUCAAGGUUUUCCAUGAAACCUAAAAAGCAGAGGCUUUCUUUUAGUGUUCUCAGUUCUUGCGCUCACUCUUGCCUCUCGCCAUUUUGCCUGAGAUCAAAAGUGUUAAAGUUCUCAGUCCUCUUCCAGUUUUCCUCAGAAUCUGGAACAAGCUGGAACCCCGAGUCUGACGGCCUGGUUCAGAGGGAUUUGAACCGCUUGAGGAGUUCAUGGUUCUUCUCAGCUCAUUCAGGAUCUGAUGAAUCCGGCUGAUAAGAAAAGCUGCUCAUUGGUGUUUCAACAUUUCCAGUUCAGCCAGUUCUUCCAGGAUUUUUCCUAAACUGGUCUUCAUGAACUUGUAUGUUUCUCUCAAAUUUUGUUUCUACCGUAAGCACUUUUGAUAUCAAACCAAACCCAUGCCUACAGUAGCUUUAUUUGAGUUCUUUUGAUAAUGAAUGUGUGGGAAAGGACCCAUUCUAAAUGUGUCUUUACGUCAGAUGUCUGGAACAGUUUGCACAUCUCAACUUUAUACAAUCAAGCCCCUGCAUGUCGCUCAGAGACCCUGCAGGCCUUCAACCGGGGCCGGCGUUUGCAGAGGCCAAUGUGGCUCAGGUUCAUGGUCCAGGUCUAACCAGGAAAGGUGGUUCUGUUGGAUCCGGCUGUGCAGAGAGGACGGAUCUGAGAGUCUCAGUUAAGAGGCGUCAGGAUGCUUUCUGAGCUGCAGUCACCAUGAAAUGGUUUGAUCAGUUCCUGUUGCUGAUGACGCAGCCACUCAUUACACUGAGAUUCCUUGCCAGCUUUACCGCUGAAUCCAUGUGGUGUUUCAGGCGUUCUUAACGAAACCGCAGACAGUAUCAGAAGGAAAUGUUUGGCUAGUUCUUGCUCUGUGGUCGUUUAGUGUCUGACCAACAGCCCAAUCUCACCACUAAGGACAUCCAGCAACACCUUCAGUUCAAUCAUCUCUGUUGCUGUUACUCCAGCUGCACCCGGUUCACCAGGACCGACUGGAAGCAGACAUUGCGAGAUGCCGCUGCGGUUCCAUCCAGGGUUUUUCAUGCCUGUUUUGAAGUGUUGCGUUAGAAAAGGUUGAUGGAAAUGGUAACAUUCAAAAUAACUUCCUCGAUUUCACAAACAACUUUUUACGCUUGUGUGAGGUGAUUUUUGGCUCUUCCAAAAAACGGUUAAUGCGCUGAAGGAGAGAUGGAGGCAACAAGCAGUCCGGUCCGUGUUUUACCAGAGGAACGAAACCUGGAGAAAUUCAAAAGUCCAGACCUCCAGCACAAAGGUUUUGGUCCAUGCUAGUUUAUAAGCUCUACUUCCUGCUCAUUCACGCCAUGACUCUUUGUGUAACUCAAGUCCCGUCCUCCAGAGCUUCCGUCCUGCAACUCUUAUCCUGACUCGGACGGACCGGAUCGGCUCUGAACAGGCCUGGUAACCAGCCAGACUUUGGGUUCAGCGGUGCUGGAGCAGGGAAGCGUCUGAGAGCUGCAGGCCGGCCCUGGAGGACCGGACUUGAGCGCGUCUGCUAUGGGCUCAAUGAUUCAGGGCUAAUUUGUUUUUCUUCUUUGUUGCGACAUUUCCUAAGUUGGCUUUCAAUUUGCAUGAUGUAAUUCCCCAUCGCGUCACAUAAGCGUCCCUCUAAAGUAAUCAUGUAGAAAUGUAAACUGGGCAGUGGAAGUGGACUAGUUGAAGCAAAAUAUCAACAUUUCUGUCUGAAUAAACGUCUGACCACAGAGCUCUGUGAAAGUAGUUCGACCUGGCGUUGAGAAGGAGGUAGACAUCUUUGCAAACAAGAUGGCGUCUGCGUCAGUGAGAGCUGACUUUGGCUCUUGAAGUGUGAGGGCCUUCAGAGUCUCUGAGGGGUCAUGCUGUAGAGUCAUCACGCAGAAACCAACACGUCUUCAGGAAGAUGAACUGUGACCUGCUGGAGCUUCCUGUUAGGGUUCUGUGACUCUGACCUGAAGCUCCCAGUGUCUCUUGGUUCUGGAUCCAGUAACCCGGCUCCGUUUAGCGUAGCCCGGCCUCUGCGUACGCGCCGCCGCCUGCUCAGAGCAGUGAACCCAUCAGCUGCUCGCCACCGCAGAAACGUUCCUCUCUGAUUGGACCCGCUCCACCGACUCGACCCAGCACAAUCUGCAGUAACCAGCCACCAUAUUGCAUGUUCCAGAGUUUAGUGCCUAUAUUAAUAAUAAUAAAAUAUUGUGUGUCUUGCCAGGAGCCACCAUGUCAGCCGAGCCAUGUUGUUUCUAGACCUUAGUAGUAAUGUGUGUGGUGACUUCAUAGUUGCUAAUAUUGAGGAUGAAUAUUCUGCUUUUACUCUGGUUGGAAUUCAGUGAAACUCCAGAAAACACCGUCGCUGUAGAAGAACUAGUUUUUACCUGUUUUCUUAUUUUUUUUUUCUAACUAAAACCAUUUGUUGUCCCUGUCA